CUUCCUUGCCUUCGCGCCAUCUUCCUUCAUGAAUCCAGACAUUGCCGUGUAUUGGACUCAUCCAGGGCCACUUCCAGUAUUGAACCCACUCCUAGCCAAGGUCUUCGCACAAUACCUUAAUUCAAGCUGUCAUAAGUAGUACUCGAUGCAGUCCGAUACCAGAUAUAGAUCGACUCUCCCCAUUUGCGGGCCCGAUCCCAAGUAUAUCAAGAAGUCCCAGGUCAAGUUCAUCCGACCAGCGCAGAUGAGCUUGUUCGCUCGAGUAACAAGCUAUCCACCUUUAGGUCAGAUAACUUGUCCCAAGGGUGCUGAGCCGUUUCGCUUUACGGUGGUUCUGGAGUCGAGCACUACAUUCCCUAUUCAACCCUGGGAAGUUCACGUAUGGCACAAUAUCACCGAUGAUGGAGACUGGACUGCACUGCCGCUCCAGAGAUGCGACUCCUCUGUUGCACCACUCCUCAACAGCAAUGCCGACGAGUACCACUACUUCCGUAACGUCUUCUCCGGCGAGAUCGGGUCGCCUACACAUGCCAGGCAUGCUCAGUUCACCGUGAGGUACCGAGUCAAUCCCGAUGCCGAAUGGCAGUGGGUCAACCAGCAGCAACACACCAGCGACGGGGAGAUUCUCUUCCCUUCCGAGACGCGGAGUUUUGACUCGGACGAACCAGCGUCGGCGGAGGAUUUUUCCGCUUACUUUGAGAGUCUCUCUGCGCAUGUCGAUGUACAAUCAUGCAGGAGCGAAGCGCCCGGAUCGAAGCUCUGGCGUGUUACUGGGUCAAUCACUGCGGCGCAGGAGGGUCAGUCUGGCUUGACGACGUCGACGCUCGGGGUGCCGGCUUCCGUCGUGCGGUACUUCGCCCUGGUGCGGAUCUGGAGCCCGUGGCUUGGGCCAAGGCAUGGGAAGGGAAAGUUCGCGUUGAGCGAAGAUGCAAUUUUGUGUUCAUUUCUGCGGACGGAUGGGGUUCAUGUUGUUCUCUUAGGGGUGUCAGGGCUGGAUAAUGUUUUGACUUUAUUUGGGUCCGAUGACAACGGAGCUGUGGUGGUCAAGUCUAAGAACGACAACCUGCAGGAAUCCAAGUUUCAAGUAUUGGCUUCCGCUGCACAUGAUUUUGAGGUGGCCAUGAGUGCUGUUAUCUACGAGGCUCGGAAGUUAGUACGCCCUUUUGCUGAGCAGACUGAAUCGCCGCGUGUGCCCACCCCAGUGUCUCCGCCCGGGGAUGAUAUAGUGCUGGUCGAGAAGGAUGUCAAAGCUCAAUGGCUCGCCGAAUGGUUCGAUGGCUUGACGUACUGUACCUGGAACGGACUUGGACAGGACCUGACGGAGGAGAAAAUUCUUCGUGGGCUGGAUUCGUUGAAGUCGCAUGGCAUCAAGAUAGCCAACCUGAUCAUUGAUGAUAACUGGCAGACCUUAGACAAGGAUGAGUCUCAAUUCAGGAGAGGAUGGAAACAGUUCGAAGGCAAUCCCGAUGCUUUUCCUAAGGGCUUCAAGCAGACGAUUCAAAAGAUCCGGAGUACUCACCCGAACAUUGAUCAUAUCGCAGUCUGGCAUGCCAUGCUCGGCUAUUGGGGCGGCAUUUCCCCCGAUGGUGAACUCGCAAAGAGAUACAAGACAAAGAGAAUAGAAAUCACCGACCCAGCCGCAAGGGGCGCGAUUGCGCACGCCUUUGACCGAGGGUCGAUAUUGGCCAUCGACCCCGAUGAUAUCCAGCGAUUCUACGACGACUUUUACAAUUGGCUCGCGUCCAUCGGUGUCGACUCAGUCAAAGCCGACGCGCAAUUCUUCCUCGAUCUCAUCAAAGAUCCAACGGAGCGCAGAAGAUUCAUCAAUCCGUAUCUGGAUGCCUGGUCCAUCUCCACAUUGAAGCACUUUAGCACGAGAGCAAUUUCGUGCAUGUCGAUGAUACCCCAGGCAAUAUUCCACUCCCAGCUGCCAACAAACAAACCGACCAUCCCUCUCCGCAACUCGGACGAUUUCUUCCCCAACAUCGAAUCAUCCCAUCCGUGGCACGUCUUCUGCAAUGCCCACAAUGCACUCUUGACACGGUACCUGAACGUCGUUCCCGACUGGGACAUGUUCCAGACCAGCCAUGCUUACGCCGGCUUCCACGCCGCGGCACGCUGCGUCUCCGGGGGCCCCAUCUACAUCACCGACGAGCCGGGCAAGCACAACAUCGCGAUCAUCGACCAGAUGACCGCUCCGACCGUGCACGGGGCCACCGUGAUCCUUCGGCCGGGGCUGAUCGGCCGCACGCUGGACAUAUACCACGACUACAACGAGGGCCACGUCCUGCGCGUGGGCACAUACACCGGCUGGGCCCGCACCGGCAGCGGCAUCUUAGGCUUCUUCAACAUCUCCAGCGCCGACCGGACGUCGGUCGUCAACUUGCUCGACUUCCCCGGCGUGCACCCGGACUCCACGGGCGAGUAUAUCGUGCGCGCCCACACCAGCGGCAGGAUCGCCGAGAAUCUGAGUAUCUCCGACACGAAGGCCUUGGUUUCUGUGGAAGUGAAGCACAGGGGCUGGGAGAUCCUCACCGCGUACCCGACGUACUCGUUCGGAUUGCCGCGCAGGCACAACCCCCCUGCCCCUACCCCCGGAGACCACCACCUGACCACCACCACCACCAGCAGCACCACGAAAGUCGCAGUCCUAGGCCUACUCGGCAAAAUGACCGGCGCCGCCGCGAUCGUCAACUCGGACCUCUACGUGCAGGACAACGGACGUCUCCGGGCGGACAUCAACCUCAAGGCGCUGGGGACACUGGGGCUGUAUUUCUCUGACCUGCCGGACUGGGAUAUCGACGCGAAUGUCAUGGUGACGAUCCUGGGGAAGCCGGUGCCGCGGCGGACCGUCUGGAAGGAGGGUAUCUCCCAGGGGGAGAAGGAGGAGGAGGAGGAGGAGGAGGCCAGUGCCAGGGUUUUAGCGGUGGAUGUGCUGGCGGCGUGGAAGGAGAUGGGAUUGAAGCCUGGUUGGAGUAAUGAGGUCCUGGUGGAGGUCUUUGUUGGCUGAUUGGUUUGUAUGUAGGCGGGAGUGUGGGUUGUUCUACCCCUGCUAUUUCCUGGCUCGAAAUGAAGUUGAGUGCUGGAUGUCUAACUGGCGUCUGAUUGUUAGUGUAUACUGUCUUGGAUGCGAUGUAGCAUGGCUUGGCGGUUAUUGUGGGUUGAAGCGGACCGAUCUGGGGGUCCAAGCGAUAUCUUCAGCAUAACUAGAUAAAAUGCA